AUGCUAAAAUCUGUUCAAGGACUAUGGAAAGAUUUUUUUGGGGUACGAAAUGAUGGCAGGAAGAGGGAAUACGGAUCCCUCGAUGAAGUAAGAAGAAGAUCCACUUUAAGAAAUAGGCGAAAGCUCUUACGUGUUACGGGGAAAAGUGCAUUAAAGAGACCAAGAAAGGUGCCAGAUAGGAGACCUCAAGAACAACUUAGUAGAGGUACAGGCAAGACAUUUAGACGAAGACUGAAAAGGAUAUUUCAGACAAUCAGAGAUGUUUUUUCUAACGAUAAUGAAAAUAUGAACAAGAUGCAAAGUAUUUGUGGCGACAUGACUAUAAUUCUGAAAAAGCCAUGUCAAAAAAGGCCUUCAUAUAUGGAUGCAAAUAUGGCCAAAUCGAGGAUUCUAAGGAGUGACGCCUUCAAGAGAAAGAUAUCGGAAUUGAAGUAUAAUAAGCAACGAAUUAGCGAAUUAAGAAAUGGGAGUUCUGAUGUGCUUAUCGGGAAAGAUGGAAGUAAAUCAUUAUAUCUAGAUAGGGAAAUCCUUUUACAGCGACAAAUCAAGAAAAGAGAUGAGAAAAUAAAAUCCUUGGAAAGCAAGCUGCAAUCAUUACAAGAAGCAUUGAAUUACUCGAAUGAAAAAUAUAGAAUCUUGGAGGAUUUAUUGGAUUCCUCGAAUAUUGAUCCGUCCUAUACAAAAACUAGAAGGACCAUGUCGAAUCUAGCUAGGAAAAAUGAAGAGAUUACACCCCUAAAAAUUGACCUUUCACCAUCUCCGAUAAGAAGAACAAACUCAUUAUUCACUUCAAGCCCCAUGAAAAUAUAUAAUCGAAAUGCAAAGAUACCAGAGAUACCGCCGCUAGAAGAGCAUGUAUCUUCUACUUGUCCAACCCCACCACAUCGUUCAAGAGAAACUGAAAAAGCAGAUGAAACACUUUCUCCAAUCUCAGUAGAUUUUUCGAGUUAUUUAUCUUGA